UCCUGAAUUCGCUUACCAACACUGAACUAGAGUGCACGCUGUUUUGUUUGGAUUUGGAUUUGCUUUAAGUAAUUACUAAACAAUAGGAAUGGUGGAGCUGAAGAUGGGCGAUCACAAUGUGGAGGCCACCGCCUGGGAGCCCGGCGACAGCAAGGACUGGUCGAUGCCUAUCAAGCCGCUGGCGGAGAAGUGGAAGCUGGUGCCGGCAUUCCUGCAGGUGAAGGGUUUGGUGAAGCAGCACAUCGACUCCUUCAACCACUUCAUCAACGUGGACAUCAAGAAGAUCGUGAAGGCCAACGAGCUGGUCACGAGUGGAGCGGAUCCGCUGUUCUACCUGAAGUACCUGGACGUGCGGGUGGGCAAGCCGGACAUUGACGAGGGUUUCAACAUCACCAAGGCGACCACGCCGCACGAAUGCCGCCUGCGGGACACUACGUACUCCGCUCCCAUCACCGUGGACAUCGAGUACACGCGGGGCACGCAGCGCAUCAAGCGGAACAACCUGCUCAUCGGCCGGAUGCCCCUCAUGCUGCGCUGCUCCAAUUGCGCCUUAACCGGGAAAUCCGAGUUUGAGCUAUCCAAACUGAACGAGUGUCCCCUAGAUCCCGGUGGCUACUUUGUGGUCCGCGGCCAGGAGAAAGUCAUUCUGAUCCAGGAGCAGCUAUCCUGGAACAAAAUGCUCACCGAGGACUUCAACGGGGUGGUACAGUGCCAGGUCACCUCCUCCACGCACGAAAAGAAGUCUCGCACUCUGGUGCUGAGCAAGCAUGGAAAGUACUACCUGAAACACAACUCCAUGACGGACGACAUACCCAUUGUGGUGAUCUUCAAGGCCCUGGGCGUGGUCUCCGACCAGGAAAUCCAGUCGCUUAUUGGCAUAGACAGCAAGUCGCAGAACAGGUUUGGCGCCUCCCUGCUGGAUGCCUUUAAUCUCAAGGUCUUCACGCAGCAAAGGGCCUUGGAGUAUAUGGGCUCCAAGCUGGUGGUCAAGCGCUUUCAAAGUGCCACCACAAAGACGCCUUCGGAAGAGGCGCGCGAGCUGCUGUUGACCACCAUACUGGCUCACGUGCCUGUGGACAACUUCAACUUCCAGAUGAAGGCCAUUUAUGUGUCCAUGAUGGUGCGUCGCGUCAUGGCCGCCGAGCUGGACAAAACCCUCUUCGACGAUCGCGACUACUAUGGCAACAAACGAUUGGAGCUGGCUGGUUCCUUGCUCUCCAUGAUGUUCGAGGAUCUGUUCAAGCGCAUGAACUGGGAGCUGAAGACCAUUGCCGACAAGAAUAUACCCAAGGUGAAGGCGGCCCAGUUCGAUGUGGUGAAGCACAUGAGGGCGGCGCAAAUCACCGCGGGAUUGGAGUCCGCCAUAAGUUCUGGAAACUGGACCAUCAAGCGAUUUAAGAUGGAAAGAGCUGGUGUGACGCAGGUGCUGUCCCGCCUGAGUUAUAUAUCCGCCCUGGGCAUGAUGACCCGUGUGAACUCGCAGUUUGAGAAGACGCGCAAGGUGUCCGGUCCGCGUUCAUUGCAGCCCAGUCAGUGGGGCAUGCUGUGUCCCUCGGACACGCCCGAAGGCGAGGCUUGUGGUCUGGUGAAGAAUCUGGCCCUCAUGACGCACAUUACCACCGAGGUGGAGGAGCGACCUGUAAUGAUUGUGGCCUUUAACGCUGGCGUGGAGGAUAUACGGGAAGUGAGCGGCAAUCCCAUCAAUAAUCCGAAUGUCUUUCUGGUCUUCAUCAAUGGUAAUGUCCUGGGACUCACCCUGAAUCACAAGCACCUGGUGCGGAACCUUCGCUACAUGCGCAGAAAGGGUCGCAUGGGCAGCUACGUGUCCGUGCACACAUCCUACACCCAGCGAUGCAUCUACAUACAUACGGAUGGCGGCCGUUUGUGUCGACCGUACGUAAUCGUGGAGAAUCGUCGUCCGCUGGUGAAGCAACAUCACCUGGACGAACUCAACAGGGGCAUUCGCAAGUUCGACGACUUCCUCUUGGACGGACUAAUCGAGUAUCUGGAUGUGAACGAGGAGAACGAUUCGUUUAUCGCCUGGAACGAAGAGCAAAUCGAGGAGCGCACUACGCACCUGGAAAUCGAACCCUUCACUUUGCUGGGAGUCUGUGCGGGUUUGGUGCCCUAUCCGCAUCACAACCAGAGUCCCAGGAACACCUACCAGUGUGCUAUGGGCAAACAGGCGAUGGGAAUGAUUGGCUACAACCAGAAGAACCGCAUCGACUCGCUGAUGUACAACCUGGUGUAUCCGCACGCUCCCAUGGUCAAAUCAAAGACCAUUGAGCUGACAAAUUUUGACAAAUUGCCGGCGGGUCAGAAUGCCACGGUGGCCGUGAUGAGUUACUCAGGAUACGACAUCGAAGAUGCUCUGAUCCUGAACAAGGCAUCAAUAGAUCGUGGCUAUGGACGCUGCCUGGUCUACAAGAACUCCAAGUGCACGGUGAAACGCUAUGCUAAUCAGACCUUCGACAGGAUCAUGGGUCCAGUGAAGGAUGCCCUCACCAACAAGGUGAUUUUCAAGCACGACGUCCUGGACACCGAUGGCAUUGUGGCUCCUGGCGAGCAGGUUCAGAACAAGCAGAUCAUGAUCAACAAGGAGAUGCCGGCGGUGACUUCGAUGAAUCCGCUGCAGGGUCAAUCUCCGCAGGUUCCCUACACCGCUGUGCCGAUUAGCUACAAAGGACCAGAGCCAAGCUACAUUGAGCGCGUGAUGGUCUCUGCCAAUGCCGAGGAGGACUUCCUGAUCAAGAUCCUGCUGCGCCAGACGCGAAUUCCCGAGAUCGGGGACAAGUUCAGCUCGCGGCAUGGCCAGAAAGGAGUGACCGGUUUGAUUGUUGAACAGGAGGACAUGCCCUUCAAUGACUAUGGCAUCUGCCCGGAUAUGAUUAUGAACCCCCAUGGUUUCCCCUCUCGCAUGACGGUGGGCAAAACCCUAGAGCUGCUCGGCGGCAAGGCUGGCCUGUUGGAGGGCAAGUUCCACUAUGGCACAGCCUUUGGGGGCUCCAAGGUGGAGGACAUCCAGGCGGAGCUGGAACGGCAUGGCUUCAACUACGUGGGCAAGGACUUCUUCUACUCGGGCAUUACUGGAUCGCCGUUGGAGGCGUACAUCUACUCGGGACCCGUGUACUACCAGAAGCUGAAGCACAUGGUGCAGGACAAGAUGCACGCCCGUGCCCGCGGACCCAAGGCGGUGCUCACCCGCCAGCCAACGCAGGGCAGGAGUCGCGAGGGCGGAUUGCGACUGGGCGAAAUGGAGCGGGACUGCCUCAUCUCCUACGGCGCCAGCAUGCUGAUCAUGGAGCGUCUGAUGAUCUCCUCGGAUGCCUUUGAAGUGGAUGUCUGCCGGACCUGCGGCAGGCUGGCCUACUGCUCCUGGUGUCAUUUCUGCCAGUCGUCGGCCCAUGUCUCCAAGAUAUCCAUGCCGUAUGCCUGCAAAUUGCUCUUCCAGGAGCUAACCAGCAUGAAUGUGGUGCCCAAGAUGAUUUUGGAGAACUAUUAAUGAGAUUGUUUUGCCUGAAACCGAAUAAAAUGUUUGUUUUUAUGUAAGUUCUUUAAAAGUUUAUUGCCAUUCAACUUGGUUCCAUCCACAAUUUGCUGAAAUAUUUCGGUUCAACGCAAUUAAGUACGAAUUCUACAUAUUCAUAGGCAACCACUAGCAAGUCGCAAAUGUCAAAGUGAAGAGGUUCAAACGAAGUCAGCGGAAGAAAAUCCCUCUUAAAUUUUAUCGAGGUCCUGUUAACGAGGCAGCUUUUAUUUUGCCGAGUUCUGUGAGCUUACAGGACUUCUAAGCUGUAACAAAAAGGACUAAGCUUCUGUUUUAUCGCGCCUGUUAUCCCUUUUUAAAGGCGCGCAGGAUAAUUAGUUGUGUCUGUUUUUGUUUGGCGACAGCUUUAGGCCUAAUUUACAAAGUCUGUGCCGGCCAAAAACGAUUUAUAAGCACAAGCUGGCUGUUGAGCAUGGCAUUCGUUUAUUGAAUUUAACCCUUGUUAACUCUUUUGUUUUAUUUUAUUUAAUUAAUUAUUGAAGAGAGAGGAAGUAUGUGACAAAUAUAACCAGGCAAUGGCUAUGUUUAAUCCUAUCCAAAGCCUGAUUAAAACCCAUUCAUUACCAAGUAACACAAAUUAAACGACAUAUUGUGGAACUGCUCCUUGGCGACACAUGAGGUUAAGGCGGGCAAACAAUAUUGCCGGGCGUUGAUUUAUUGGCUUCCCUCGGAAUAUUGCCUAGUGAAUGGUGCCCCGUGAGGCAAUUACCUGUCACCUGGCUUCGAGUGAAGCCUCAACCCAGAUUCCGUCCGCUGUGUCAACGUCUCCGUGGUCAAUGCACUGCGUUGCAUGCACGUGACCUGCGAACUGUUGGCUGCAGCCACCCACCCACACGAGCCAAUGUCCUUGUGCGUCCUUUCGAGUGACCUGUGCUUAAAAUAGUCCCUCCCGUUCCUCCCCCCGCUGCUCCUUUUGUUGGAUCCGUAGUCGCUGUAUGCAGUGCAAUGACAGCAAACGGGGCAAACUGCCAGCAGCAGAAGGAGCAUCUGAGGAACCGA